AUGACGCGCGCGAGGUCCUCCGCGGAGGGCAGGAGGUCCGCCAGUGCCUCCCCGGCACCCCCUGCCAUCGAUGGCGAUCAGUACCUGCCACGGCAGGGAGCGGGCAAGGGCAAGCGCAUCAUGGGAGGCAAGGUCCCCACCGAGUCACUGGUCACUCCUGUCGACAUGGUGGACACACCUGCCGAGCCCUCUGGCCGCGGCAGCGAGGUCACACUUCCAUUGGAGGUUAACACCCUGGUUGACUGCCAGUAUCGCGACGGCAAGUGCUACCCGGCCCGAAUCAUAGAGCGCCGGAGACUGGGUGACACCAACAACUACGAGUAUUACGUGCAUUAUCGCAAGUGUGAGUGGCGAGGAACCCGGCAGCAAAAGCGGAAGGUGGACGACGAGCACAGCGAGGAGGAGGGGGAGGGACACGAGGACUUUGACCCCGCGCAGCUGCGGGAGCACGAGGAGUUUACCAAGGUCAAGAACAUCGCCGACAUUGAGCUGGGGAAGUACGAGAUGGAGACCUGGUACUUCAGCCCCUUUCCCCCAGAGUACAGAGAGUGCAAGAAGAUGUAUUUCUCAGAGCACGACCUGUGCUUCUUCAAGCACCGCGAGCACAUGCUGGCGCACGUCAAGAAGUGCACCAUGCUGCACCCGCCCGGCACGGAGAUCUACCGCAACGGCAAGAUCUCCAUGUUUGAGGUGGACGGGCGCAAGGCCAAGGGCUACUGCCAGAACCUGUGUUACCUGGCCAAGCUCUUCCUGGACCACAAGACGCUGUACUGGGACGUCGACCUCUUCCUCUUUUACAUUAUGUGCGAGUGUGACGAGCGGGGUGCCCACAUCACCGGAUACUUUAGCAAGGAGAAGAGCAGCGAGGAGGGCUUCAACCUGGCCUGCAUCCUCACGCUGCCUCCCUACCAACGAAGGGGGUAUGGCAAGUUCCUGAUCUCCUUCUCCUACGAGCUGUCCAAGAUUGAGGGCAAAGUGGGGACGCCCGAGCGGCCCCUCUCCGACCUCGGCCUGGUGUCGUACCGCGGUUACUGGACGCGCGUGCUGCUCACGCUGCUGCGUGAGCGGGAGGGUUCAGUGAGCAUCAAGGAGCUGUCUGACCUGACGGCCUUCAAGACCGACGACAUAAUCUCCACCCUGCAGCACCUGUCCCUGAUCCAGUACCAGAAGGGGCAGCACGUCAUCUGCGCCGCGCCCCACGUCAUCGACGCGCACCUGCGCAAGGCCGGCGGCGCAGGGCUGGAGGUGGACCCCACCAAGAUCAUCUUCACGCCCUACAACGCGGAGCGCGACUACAAUGGCGCGCGCGUGUGA